CCGUCAGCGACCUCUUGCCCGUCCCCUCCGCUCGACGUCAGGGUGUUCAUCCUCACAAUCCCUGUGUUCAUUGGGAAAGAGCGGGUCUCAUGCAUUUGUACAACUUGACCCUUCAACCACCGACUGCAGUCACUCAAGCGAUUGUAGGCAACUUUUCUGGCGCAAGGCAACAGGAAAUAAUCGUCUCCCAUGGGACGCGGUUAGAGCUCCUGCGGCCAGACCCACAAACGGGGAAGGUCGCGACCGUGAUUGCUACGGAUGUGUUUGGCUCGAUCCGGUCGUUGGCGGCGUUUCGGUUGACGGGCGGCACGAAGGACUACGCCAUUGUAGGCUCCGACUCCGGACGCAUUGUGAUUCUGGAUUAUGACCCAAAAACGUCGAGUUUCGUGAAACUUCAUCAGGAGACGUAUGGGAAGUCCGGCGCGCGACGUAUCGUUCCUGGACAGUAUCUCGCUACCGACCCCAAGGGACGCGCGGUGAUGAUAGGGGCAAUGGAGAAAGCCAAGCUUGUAUAUAUUCUCAACCGCGACGCGGCAGCGAACCUUACAAUCUCCUCACCUCUCGAAGCGCACAAAAACGCGGCCAUCAUCCAUCACAUUGUUGGGCUUGACGUAGGGUAUGAGAACCCCAUGUUUGCGGCGUUGGAGGUGGACUACACGGAGUCAGACCAGGAUCCUUCUGGGGAGGCGUUCAACAAUGCAGAGAAGAUGCUCACCUAUUAUGAACUGGAUCUGGGUCUCAAUCAUGUCGUACGCAAGUCCAGUGAGCCAGUCGAUCCUCGAGCCAACCUCCUGGUGCAAGUGCCAGGUGGCCAAACUGGCGAUCGGUUUGACGGACCAUCCGGAGUCCUCAUUUGCUGCGAGGACCACAUCAUCUACAGGCAUCCAAGUGGCUCACAACAUCGGGUCCCUAUCCCACGUAGACGUCAUCCGCUUGAUGACCCGGAGCGGGGAGUCAUCAUCACAUUUGCACUCAUGCACAAGAUUAAGGGCGACUUCUUCUUCCUGUUACAAAGUGAGGAAGGCGAUUUGUUCAAGGUCACGAUCGAUUACAAUGGUGACGAGGAUGUGAACGCGCUGAAGAUCAAGUACUUCGACACCGUCCCCGUUGCGACGGGCCUAUGCAUUCUAAAAUCUGGUUUCCUCUUUGUCGCGUCCGAAUUUGGCGAUCACCACCUGUAUCAGUUCCAAAAGCUCGGAGAUGACGACGACGAGCCCGAGUUCAGCUCCGCGGAUUACCCACAACGCGGUAUGGCCUACCCUAGCCAGGCUCUUCCACGGGCGUGGUUCCGCCCAAGGCCUCUCGAUAACCUUGCAUUGUUGGAUACUGUCGAGUCGCUCAGUCCUAUCAUUGACGCACGCGUUAUGAAUCUCCUCCCGAACUCGGAUACCCCGCAGAUCUUCGCGGCUUGCGGCCGAGGAGCAAGGAGUACUUUCCGAACCCUGAGGCACGGCCUGGAAGUCGAGGAGACUGUCAGCUCGGACCUUCCUGGUAUCCCGAACGCUGUCUGGACGACAAAACUGAAAGAAGAUGACGCGCACGACUCGUACAUCAUCCUCUCGUUCGUCAAUGGCACUCUUGUCCUCUCGAUUGGAGAAACGAUAGAGGAAGUACAAGAUACCGGCUUUCUCUCUUCAGCUCCCACCAUCGCUGUACAGCAAAUCGGCGCCGAUGCGCUCCUUCAAGUACACCCGCAAGGCAUCCGACAUGUUCUUGCUGACCGGCGUGUUAACGAGUGGCGCGUGCCUGCGGGAAAGACGAUUGUGACUGCCACGACGAACAAGAGGCAGGUCGUUGUCGCACUGAGCAGUGCCGAGCUCGUGUACUUUGAGCUGGAUCUGGAGGGGCAGUUGAACGAGUACCAGGAUCGCAAGGCCAUGGGCAGCACGGUGCUAGCAUUGAGUAUCGGCGAGGUCCCGGAAGGAAGGCAAAGGACACCUUUCUUGGCAGUUGGCUGUGAGGACCAGACAGUGCGAAUCAUAUCAUUGGAUCCGGAGAGCACGUUGGAGACUAUCAGUUUGCAAGCUUUGACGGCCCCGCCGACGGCGAUCUGCAUCGCGGACAUGCUCGACGCUAGCAUCAACAAGGUGCACCCGACGAUGUUCGUGAACAUUGGAUUGCAGAACGGUGUGCUGCUCCGAACGGUGCUUGACCCCAUCAACGGCCAGUUGACAGAUACUCGAACACGAUUCUUGGGAACCCGGCCCGUCCGACUGAUCCGAGUGAACGUUCAACGAAACCCAGCUAUCCUCGCACUUUCCUCCAGGUCGUGGUUAAACUACACUCAUCACAAUCUGAUGCACUUCACGCCGCUCAUCUUCGAAAAUCUUGACUUCGCCUGGAGUUUCUCCGCCGAGCUUUGUCCCGAUGGGCUGAUCGGCAUCGCUGGCAGCGUCCUACGCAUAUUCCAGAUCCCUAGGCUUGGGACCAAGUUGAAGCAGGAUGCCAUGCCUUUGACAUACACGCCGCGCAAGUUCAUACCUCAUCCAGCAAAUCGGUAUUUCUACCUGAUCGAAGGCGACCAUCGGACAUGGGGCGAAGAAGCCGUGCAAAAGAAAGUGGCCGAACUUCGACAAGCUGGAAAGCAGGUUGAUGAGGAGAUGCUAUCGCUCCCAGCUGACACGUUUGGCCGACCGAAGGCACCUGCCGGCACCUGGGCAUCAUUGAUCCGUAUUAUUGACCCUGUUGACGCCAAGACAGUGGCCACGAUACCAAUUGACAACAAUGAAUGCGCAUUCUCGAUCGCUGUCGUUCCCUGGGCGGCACGCGGCGGAGAACUUCACCUUGUCGUUGGUACAGCGCAGGAUACGUUCUUGGCGCCUCGGUCAUGUACGAGCGGAUUUCUCCGAACGUACGCGUUUACAAACGAAGGGGCUGGCCUAGAACUUCUUCACAAGACCGAGACAGAUGACGUACCGAUGGCAGUGAUGGCAUUCCAAGGCCGACUUGUGGCGGGUGUGGGGAAAUCUCUGAGGAUCUACGACAUCGGCAAGAAGAAACUUCUUCGCAAGGUGGAGAACAAAAGCUUUGCGACAGCCAUCGUGACCCUUGCUACGCAAGGCUCGCGCAUCCUCGUCGGGGACAUGCAAGAGUCCAUGGCUUAUGCUGUUUACAAGCCACCGGAGAACAGGCUUCUCGUGUUCGCGGAUGACGUCCAGCCUCGGUGGAUAUCCUCGUCCACUAUGGUGGACUACAACACCGUCAUAGCUGGCGAUCGAUUCGGAAACGUCUUCGUGAACCGUCUGGAUGCGAAGGUAUCGGAGCAGGUCGACGAUGACCCCACCGGCGCGGGAAUUUUGCACGAGAAGGGCUUACUGAUGGGCGCCCCCCACAAAACCAAGAUGCUUUGUCAUUAUCACGUCGGCGACAUAGUAACCUCCCUCUCCAAAGUGGCGCUCGUCCCCGGUGGCAGGGAGGUUAUCCUGUAUACGGGACUGCACGGUACUAUCGGCGUCCUCGUUCCCUUCGUGAGUAAGGAGGACGUCGAUUUCAUCAGCACGCUCGAGCAACAUAUGCGAACCGAGCUGACGCAGUUCGGGCUCGUGGGAAGGGAUCAUCUGAGUUGGAGGGGAUACUAUGUGCCGGUGAAAGCGGUUGUAGAUGGCGAUCUAUGCGAAGCUUUCGCCACACUCCCUGCUCCUAAGCAAAGCUCUAUCGCGGGCGAGCUGGACAGGACAGUUGGGGAGGUGCUGAAGAAACUUGAUCAGUUGAGGGUGACUGCUAGUGGCUUCUAGUCGUGUUUUUGUCCGUGUACAUUCCCUGUAUUUCGUGCUCCAUACUCAUGGCGCCGCGUUGCUGCACAAACAAACCAUCCGUGGCACGUAUUUGACUGCGUUGCGACACGAUGUAUCGAUA